CCUGCCUUUUAACUCCUUAGAAAUGUCAAUUUACGAGAUGAUCAUCUUGAUCAUCGGCUCCUCCGUCGGCUCUUCGCCUAAUUCGCGACGAUGAGGAUGAAGGAUCGCGGCCCCCGUACCUUGGCGCUCCGGUCAAUUCAAGACAACAUGGGGAAGCUCAACAGUGAUCCUCGCACGUGGACGAGAUGCGGAGGGGGCCAUGCUUCCAACGUACAGCAUGUCCACGGCCAGUACGUGUAUAAGUAAAGUAGCUCUUGCCCCAAUUUAAUGUUACGCAAUAGAGAGGGGUUGUUAAAAUAAAGUCUCGAUCGUCAAGGACCAAAUUGAUUGACGGCUAUCACCAUGCUCAUCUCAACACUUCGUUUGGUUUCCGGCCUGUCGCUCGCCACAGUCGCAUUAGCAGCGCCGCAAAGAUGCGUACCAAAGCAAGAGCACAGUGCAGCCCGUGCCGCGGCUGUGAAGGAGGCCUUCGAGUUUGCAUGGGAAGGUUAUUAUAAGUAUGCGUUCCCGCAUGACGAACUCCGCCCAGUUACAAAUGGGUUUACGAACUCAAGAAAUGGCUGGGGAGCAAGCGCAGCCGAUGCCCUCAGUACGGCGUUGGUUAUGGAGAUCCCAGAAAUUGUGAAUCAAAUUGUGGAUUAUAUCCCAACUGUGGAUUUCACUAAAACGGAUGACCAAGUCAGCUUGUUUGAAACGACAAUUCGAUAUCUCGGGGGCAUGAUAUCUGGAUAUGACCUCUUGAAAGGACCUUUGGCGGGUCUGGUCCCUGAUAACAAAAAUAUCGAAUCUCUCCUUGCCCAGUCAAAGAAUCUGGCAGAUCAGAUGAAGUUUGCAUUUGAUACGCCGUCUGGGGUGCCUGCAAAUAACCUCAAUCUCGCGGCCCAGACAACCGAUGGGGGCGAUACCAACGGCAUCGCUACCAUCGGCACCCUGGUUCUAGAAUGGACUCGAUUGUCCGAUCUGACUGGCGACGACGAAUAUGCCAAGCUUAGUCAGAAGGGAGAAUCGCACCUCCUAGCCCCGAAGCCAGAGAAGAAUGUUCCAUUUCCCGGCCUUGUCGGAACGAACGUCAACCUUACCACCGGCGAAUUCGUAGAUGCCCGUGGAGGCUGGGGCGGUGGCGAUGACUCUUUCUACGAGUACCUAAUUAAGAUGUAUAUUUAUGAUCCGUCCCGAUUCGAGACGUACAAAGACCGCUGGAUCCUUGCUGCCGAUUCCACUAUCAAGCACCUUACAUCCCACCCGGAACCCAGACCAGAACUUACGUUCGUUGCCAACUACGACGGGACCACCUUACAGCAAAAUUCAGGUCAUCUAACCUGCUUUGAUGGUGGCAACUUCCUUCUUGGCGGGUCUGUCUUAAAGAGAAAGGAUUACAUUGAUUUCGGUCUAUCUCUUGUCGACGGCUGCCGCGCUACCUACACUGCUACCAAAACCCAGAUUGGCCCAGAGGGAUUCUCCUGGGAUGCCAGCAAAGUCCCAACUAAUCAGAUUGAUUUCUUCAAAAAGAAUGGCUUUUAUAUCACCUCCCCGGACUACGUCUUGCGCCCUGAGGUAAUUGAAAGCUAUUACUACGCAUACCGGAUGACUGGGGACCAAAAGUACCAAGAAUGGGCAUGGGAUGCUUUCGUGGCGAUUAAUGCGACCACCCGAGUUGGCAGCGGCUUCAGCUCUAUCUCCGAUGUCAAUGCUGAGGGUGGAGGCCAGAAGACGGACUUCCAGGAGAGUUUCCUGUUUGCAGAGGUCUUAAAAUACGCCUACCUGAUUCAUGCUGAGGAUAACGUUUGGCAAGUGGAUGGCAAGGGAAAGAACGCAUUUGUUUUUAACACUGAAGCGCAUCCUUUCCAGAUCUACAAAGGCGCAAGUAAAUAAGGUUCGACACUGGGCAGCCUACUUAUGGUUCGAAGGAACGGUGCAUAAAUACAAUAUGUAUGCUUCGGAAUGCCUUGCUUUCGUUUUCAUAACAUAGCGUAUGUUAGCUGCCAAAUACUUAGAGCUAUAAUUAAACCCUUUCCUGU